AUGCCUGCCAUCAGUCGCUCUUUCCCCUCGCUCCGACUUCUCGCCGCCGUCUUUCGGGUACACGGGCCUGGGCGGCCCCUCAACUGGCAUGGCAUAGCCACGGAUAACGUGGCCUGCGCUCAGGGCACGUAUCAGUCUCCCGUCGCAGUGGACUCUCAGAUAAACUCGAUACCGAUGGUGAAGGGCGAGACUCUAUCAAUGGAACUGGAGAACUACUUAGCAGGGACCGAAAUAAAAAACUUGGGCACUACCGUCGAAGUUGCCGCGAAUGGCACCAUUUGUCGACAUGGUAAAGAGUACCGCCUUGUGCAAUUCCACCUCCACACGCCGUCAGAACACCGCAUCGAUGAGGAGACGUACGCGAUGGAGGCACAUUUUGUGUUUAGAGCACAAGAUCAAGCACUCUCCGUUGUAGGCGUCAUGAUCGACGUCUCCUCUCUUCACACUGCCAGUCCCUUCUUUACUAGCGUCCUCUCGGCCGUCGAUCGCAUCCCCAGCGGCGGCGACGUUGCACAGACAGGGCCCCUCCUUUCUAGCGAAAUCGUGGAGCUCGUCGGAGCCUCCGAUGUUUUUCAAUAUAAUGGAUCCCUGACUACCCCUCCUUGCACCGAGGGCGUGGCCUGGAACGUCGUCCGCCGUCCCUCUACGUCUCCGCCGACGUCUAUAGCACUGCCAAGGCGGUUUUGA